AUGUUCUACUUCCGUUCGUUUAAACCCCUUUAUCUUCUUUCUAUCUUUCUUUUUUUUUCUUCCUUUUUUCUUUCUUUCUUUCUUUUAAUAUGUUCUACUUCCGUUUGUUUAAACCCCUUUCUAUCUUCUUUCUUUCUUUCUUUCUUUUUUUUUAUCCUUUUUUCUUUCUUUUUUUCUUUCUAUUUUUUCUUUUUUCUUUUUCUUUCCUUUCUUUCUUUCUUUCUUUUUAAUAUGUUCUACUUCCGUUCGUUUAAACCCCUUUACAGCCUUUCUUUCUUUCUUUCUUUCUUCCUUUCUUUCUUUCUUUCUUUUAAUAUGUUCUACUUCCGUUCGUUUAAACCCCUUUACAGCCUUUCUUUCUUUCUUUCUUUCUUUCUUUCUUUCUUUCUUUCUUUCUUUCUUUCUUUCUUUCUUUUAAUAUGUUCUACUUCCGUUCGUUUAAACCCCUUUACAGCCUUUCUUUCUUUCUUUCUUUCUUCCUUUCUUUCUUUCUUUCAUUUAAUAUGUUCUACUUCCUUUCGUUUAAACCCCUUUCUAUCUUCUUUCUUUCUUUCUUUUAAUAUGUUCUACUUCCGUUCGUUUAAACCCCUUUCUAUCUUCUUUCUUCCUUUCUUUCUUUCUUUUAAUAUGUUCUACUUCCGUUCGUUUAAACCCCUUUACAGCCUUUCUUUCUUUCUUUCUUCCUUUCUUUCUUUCUUUCUUUCUUUUAAUAUGUUCUACUUCCGUUCGUUUAAACCCCUUUCUAUCUUCUUUCUUUCUUUCUUUCUUUCUUUCUUUCUUUCUUUCUUUUAA